UCAGUAUAAAUAGCCGGCUCUUUGUUUUUGCGCCUUCAGAUUCGCUCCUGAGACGAGAAGAAAGAGACUUCCAUACGCCGCACUCUUACAGAAAAGAACAUUUGUUUCGUAAAGAUGCAGAUCUUUGUGAAGACGCUGACUGGUAAGACCAUCACCCUCGAAGUCGAGCCCAGCGACACCAUUGAGAAUGUCAAAGCUAAAAUUCAAGAUAAGGAGGGCAUUCCUCCUGACCAGCAGCGUCUGAUCUUCGCUGGCAAACAGUUGGAGGAUGGACGCACCCUGUCCGACUACAACAUCCAGAAAGAGUCCACCCUCCACCUGGUGCUCCGCCUCAGGGGUGGCAUGCAGAUCUUUGUGAAGACGCUGACUGGCAAGACCAUCACUCUUGAGGUGGAACCAAGCGACACCAUUGAGAACGUGAAGGCCAAAAUCCAGGAUAAGGAGGGCAUCCCACCUGACCAGCAGCGUCUGAUCUUUGCUGGCAAGCAGCUUGAAGAUGGACGCACCCUGUCUGACUACAACAUCCAGAAAGAGUCCACCCUCCACCUGGUGCUGCGUCUGAGAGGCGGUAUGCAGAUCUUCGUCAAGACUCUGACAGGAAAAACCAUCACUCUCGAGGUAGAGCCCAGCGACACCAUUGAGAACGUGAAGGCCAAAAUCCAGGAUAAGGAGGGCAUCCCACCUGACCAGCAGCGUCUGAUCUUUGCUGGCAAGCAGCUUGAAGAUGGACGCACCCUGUCCGACUAUAACAUCCAGAAAGAGUCCACCCUCCACCUGGUGCUCCGCCUCAGGGGUGGCAUGCAGAUCUUUGUCAAGACACUGACCGGAAAAACCAUCACUUUGGAGGUCGAGCCCAGCGACACCAUUGAGAAUGUCAAGGCGAAAAUCCAAGAUAAGGAGGGCAUCCCACCUGACCAGCAGCGUCUGAUCUUUGCCGGUAAACAGCUUGAAGACGGACGCACCCUGUCUGACUACAACAUCCAGAAAGAGUCCACCCUCCACCUGGUGCUCCGCCUCAGGGGUGGCAUGCAGAUCUUUGUGAAGACGCUGACUGGUAAGACCAUCACACUCGAGGUUGAGCCCAGCGACACCAUUGAGAACGUCAAAGCCAAAAUUCAAGAUAAGGAGGGCAUCCCACCUGACCAGCAGCGUCUGAUCUUCGCUGGCAAGCAGCUUGAAGACGGACGCACCCUGUCUGACUACAACAUCCAGAAAGAGUCCACCCUCCAUCUGGUGCUGCGUCUGAGAGGGGGUAUGCAGAUCUUUGUCAAGACCUUGACUGGCAAGACCAUCACUCUCGAGGUGGAACCAAGUGACACCAUUGAGAAUGUGAAAGCAAAAAUUCAGGACAAGGAGGGCAUCCCACCUGACCAGCAGCGUCUGAUUUUCGCUGGCAAACAGCUUGAAGAUGGACGCACCCUGUCAGACUAUAACAUCCAGAAAGAGUCCACCCUCCAUCUGGUGCUCCGCCUCAGGGGUGGUAUGCAGAUCUUCGUGAAGACGCUGACUGGUAAGACCAUCACACUCGAAGUGGAACCAAGUGACACCAUUGAGAACGUCAAAGCCAAAAUCCAGGAUAAGGAGGGCAUCCCACCUGACCAGCAGCGUCUGAUCUUUGCUGGCAAGCAGCUUGAAGAUGGACGCACUCUGUCUGACUACAACAUCCAGAAAGAGUCCACCCUCCAUCUGGUGCUGCGUCUUCGUGGUGGCAAAUAAUCUGCUUAUGAUCAUUAAUAUAUAAAAGUCUUGAAUUAUCAGACCAAUUCCAGUUUCCUUUAUUCCUCUUAAUCAUUCAAUAAAGUUCUUGCAUUCCUGAA